AAGUAGGCAGCACCUCGUCAUCGUUUGCUCAACACUUCUUCGUGUGUUUCUUCUUCAGACUCCCACAGGUCCUGCUGCUACUUUGUUCCUCUUUCUUUCUCUGCAAAACAAACACCGCCCUAUUUUUUUAAAUCGCCUCUCGGAUUUACCGCGUGCGCUUUCGUCGUCGAAGUUGUACCUUUUCUUUGUUGGGGGGCCGGGGGGGUAUUAUUUUGAAUUCAGUUGGAAGGGGAGGUAGAAAGGACGCACUAGGAAGGAGGAGAAGGAGGAGUAGAAGUAGGAGAGGAGCAGCCCGACCUGGAGGAGCAGAAGGUCGGCCCUCGGAGUCGCCAUGGAGGUUCCCGGUAUGCAGAGUUCUCAGAUCGAUCCGGAGGAGUUGUUCACCAAGUUGGAUCGCAUUGGAAAAGGAUCUUUUGGGGAGGUGUUCAAAGGCAUCGAUAACCGCUCUCAGAGCGUGGUGGCCAUCAAGACCAUCGACCUGGAGGAGGCGGAGGACGAGAUCGAGGACAUCCAGCAGGAGAUCACGGUGCUGAGUCAGUGCGACAGUCCGUACAUCACCAAGUACUUUGGCUCCUAUCUGAAGGGCAGCAAACUAUGGAUCAUUAUGGAGUAUCUGGGAGGAGGUUCAGCGCUCGACUUGCUCCGCGCGGGUCCGUUCGACGAGGCCCAGAUCGCCACCAUGCUGAAGGAGAUCCUGAAGGGUCUGGACUACCUGCACUCUGAGAAGAAGAUCCACAGGGACAUUAAAGCGGCCAACGUGCUGCUGUCGGAGCACGGACAGGUGAAGCUGGCCGACUUCGGGGUGGCGGGUCAGCUGACGGACACGCAGAUCAAGAGGGAGACCUUCGUGGGGACGCCGUUCUGGAUGGCGCCCGAGGUCAUCCAGCAGUCUGCCUACGACUCCAAGGCCGACAUCUGGUCGCUGGGCAUCACGGCCAUCGAGCUCGCUAAGGGCGAGCCCCCCAACUCAGACAUGCACCCCAUGCGGGUGCUGUUCCACAUCCCCAAGUCUCCGCCCCCGGCGCUCAUCGGGGAUUUCUCCAAGAGCUUCAAGGAGUUCACGGAGGCGUGCCUCAACAAGGACCCCACCUUCCGUCCAACAGCCAAAGAGCUCCUCAAGCACAAGUUCAUCAUCAAACACUGUAAGAAGACGUCCUACCUCAGCGAGUUGAUUGACAGGUACCGGCGGUGGAAGGAGGAGGGGCAUAGCGGCAGCAGCUCGGACGACUCCGACGGUGAUUCAAGUAACAAGGAGAACAGCGACUCCCCCGAGUGGUCUUUCACCACCGUCCGCAAGAAGAAGCCGCCCGCCGACGGAAGUAAUGUCCUCAUUAAGAUGGGUCAAGAUCAGCUGAGUAAAUCGGCCAGUUUGGCCACAGUCAUCUCCCCCGUCUUCACUGAGCGUUUCCCACAAUGCCGUGCGGCCCUGGACUUGUCCUUGUUCUUCCUGCAGCUGAAGCAGCAGCACAAGGAGCACUCGGAGCAGCGGCUGGCCAUCGAGGAGCUCGAACGCAACAUCCGAUUGGCUGAGGAGGUCUGCCCCGGCAUCACGGACAGGAUGGUCACUCACAUCAUCGCCAGGUUCCCCGCCACCUGAGGGAGGCCGGCUGGGUGUCGGAGACGCAGGAAGGGAAGACCGCGUGUCUGUACGGGGUCGCCAUGGAAACGGAGGAGAUUUGCUGUGCGAUGUCUCCUCGCUGUAUACACAACAAACACACACCACACACACACACACACACACUACUAAUGUAAUAUAUACACUAGAUAUUCUAAAUACAUAUAUAUAUAGUUACUGCUGCAGGUUUAAGACAUUUUUCUCCCACAUGUUGAAUUCCAAAUUCGCUGUCUUCUUCUAAUCGGCUGCUCUGGUUUUGAAAAAACAAUCUAAAGUUUUCAGUUAGAUUUGUGGUUUUGUUUCCUCUUUUCAGGUCCAUGAACUUCUCUUUUUUUUUUAUUUUGGGUCUGACUUAAUGCAAAGUCCUCCUUCAGAGGACCAUCAUGUGCCUUGAUUAUUUAUGAGAGGUUCCACUCGCAGUGGUUUAGUUUUCUUGUCACAGCUCGUCUUCACCUUGUAGAUGUUUAAAUGUUUGUCCGAUAGCACUUGAGACGGAUUAUAUGCCAAUAUUACACAUUUUUUGUUGACUUCGGAAAAUCUUUAAAUUACUGUUCCCUCAUCCCAGAAUUCAUUUGAUGUCCAACAAAACUCUGCAGGGUUUAAUUUGGUGAUUUUCAACAUGUAAAGUUUACUUCACAACACCGGAAAUAACAGAUGCUUUUAGAUCUGUAAUCCACCAGUGGAUGGAGCUCCACUCCUUCUGGUCAUUAUUUGAUCUUCCCAGGUGAGUGUUUCCCUUCAAGUGACUGAAUCUAAAGCCACUUUAAUACUUUCAGUGGAGUUACUAGUGUCUGACGGCGGUUAGCAACAUAAAUAAAUGGUUUUAUUCUUCUAUUCUUCUCUUUGGGUCAAAUUAAAUUCUGGGAUGUUCAAAACGUGUCUUGUUGGAAUAAGAUUUCAGUGAAAAUAAAAGGAAAAAGGAAUAUUUUCAAGGAUCUAAAAGUACCAUGAACAGAAGCAAAGCUCUUCCCUUUUUGAUGUGCGUUGAGUUUGGGCUGAAAGUCGAUUCUUAACAAAGUGCUUGAUGUGUAACGUUGUUUUUGAUACUUAGGAAAGCAGCACAGGUCCGUUUCAGCAGCAAUCAAAGAUAUUACUGAUAGUUUGUACCAAAGACACUAUAACACUUGGUCAUUGUAUAUUUUUGUCUU